CCAGGAAGUUGCUACCCUUCCAUUCAUUGUGUUCUACUUUAUGCUGGUUUCAUUACAGCACGUAUUCAUUACUUUACUUCAAAAUGCGUCGGAAAACGGAAGCUCAAGCGUCAAGCAACGAACCCCCUCAUGCAGAUAAGAAGGAUCCAGGCCAAAGACCCCAGCGCAAGGCUGAAGCUAAAGGCAAAAUGUCUUACCGUUCUGUGCUCAUAAAUAUUGGAAAGUGUUUACUCCUAGUUAUCAUCAUCCCUCCAUUUCUCAACUAUGCAUCGCUGCAGAGAGAAGGACAGAUGCUUUUGCCCAAAGAUGGCCAGAUUGUUGAUGUCAGUUUGGGUCAAAAGAUGCAUCUUUUGUGUAAAGGAAAAGGACACCCAGUUGUUAUACUGGACGCACCAACUGGAAUGUCUUCAGACAUUUGGUUUCAUGUCCAAGAAAACGUGGCCACACUAACAAAGGUUUGCACCUAUGACAGAAUGGGACUGGGCUUCAGCAAGCGGCUGAUGCAGAAUGAAACCACAGGAACUGAGAAAGUUUGGGGGAUUUCAACAACUGGACGGAUGGUGGAUGACUUGCACAGGCUCCUGCAGGCUGCUGGGAUUGCCAAACCCUUCAUCCUUGUUGGCUCCGAGCUCGGUGCUUUGAAUGGCAGGUUCUACAGUCACAUUCACGAUGUGCAAGUGUCAGACCUGGUGCUGAUCGAUCCCAUCCCAGAGGACAUUUUUGAGGAGGACCAGUGGAAGCAGUACUGGUAUGGUAAGCUGCUGCCGUCGUUCCAAACCAGACAGUUCUCAGCAGCUACAGGGCUGAGCCGCAUCCUGCUUAUCCUGGGGGCUAUUGAACCGACUGUCGGAGGCAAAAAUGUCUCAGAGGAGGUCAUCCAGCGCCAGAAAUACCUGCUAAGCAACCCUGCCCAUCAAAGCAGUGCUGUGGAUGAGCAUUACUUUAUUAAUGAAAGUGCAGCUCAAGUUAGGGACAUCACAAAGUUUAAGCCCCUCUCCAGCAGGGUGUCAGUGAGUGUGAUCACUGGAGAUUCAUAUGACGAGCAAAUACCAGAACACCUCAACCAGAUGGUAGCUAAGCUUCAAAAGAAGUUUUUGGAGGAAUCCUACCCAUCAGCCAAUCAGAUUCACAUAAAAGGAGCAGACCGACGAAUGAUCUACAAGAAGCCAUCUGCCAUCAGCCAGCACCUGCGAAGGAUCGUCAACCAGCGACAAGCCAAGCAGCAGAGCGAGUGACCCAUGGCCAAAAUGUGACCGUACCCCAGACCUGGACAGAAUAAUAGUUGAAUAUGUUUUAAAUAUUCAAUAAAAUAUUCAAGUUA